CUUCCUGGUCUCCAUCUCUCUCUCUCUCUCUGAAAUCCGUCUGGUACUUUAGUUUCUCUUUUCUAGCUUUCGCCUCUACUUUCAUUUGACUUCUUAGGGUUUCGCUUUUUUUUUCUCUCUCUCUUUGAGCUUCUUCUCAUCUCUGCAUUAACUUUGAUCGAUCUGACGAGACAACGAAUUCUAUAUUCCUGUUUGGUUCUCUGGUUUGUUGAUCGGCUUUUCACAGCAUCGACAUCAAUCUUUCUCUUGCUGGAAACGGAUAUCUUUGUGGUUUUUGUAGCUUUGUUCAAGGAAUAGCUUUUGAAGUUUCAUGCCUAAAAUGGGGUGUUUCCCAGUCUUAAAGGGCAGGAAGAAGAAGUCUGAAAAAUCGAUUUACAUUAAACGUGUGAAUCCUCAAGAGAAUACACCCACUACGCUCCCUGAACCGCAAACCCAUAGUCGAGCGCUUCAGUCGGCUCCUCCAAGCUUUAAGACAAGGCCCACAGCUAUCCAACCUACAGCUAUCCAACCUGCUAAGAACAGGGUCACCAAUAGUAGAGCCCGUGCAUUAUCUGCUCCUUCAAGCCUAAAUGUGGAAGAGGGAGAUGCCCUCUCACAUUUUGAGUAUGAUGAACAAGAAGAAUUGAAGAGCCGAGGUGGAUUGCCAAAGGAUCAACGGGCCCCAAGCCCACAACCUCUGCCUCUUCCUUCGCCUCGAAGUACUGGGUCUGGUUUGUUGAAGAAUAUGGGGAGCUUCAAAUCAGUGAACAUCAGUGGUCCUCUUGCUGUCUCUGGUCCUUUACCUCUACCUCCUUUGGGACUCCGUAACUUUUCAUAUGAAGAGGUUGCAUCUGCUUGCCAAUAUUUCUCACCAGUGCAAUGCAUGUCAGAAGGCCUUUCUUCCAUAAUUUACAGGGCUUCUUUUGGAGAAGAUUCCUCAGGUGUCAAGAAACUUGAAGCAACUGUUGUCCGUCUUCCAUCCACUCAGGGUUUCAAAGAAUUUGUACAUGAGGUCAAUACGCUUUCUUCUUUGCAACAUCCCCAGCUCUGUAAAUUGAUCGGUUUCCAUGCGCGUGAGGGUUCAGAGCAACGAAUGCUGGUUUAUGAGAGGCUAUUCCAUGGAAGCUUAGACAGGUUGCUUUACGGGAGAUCUGAUGGCCCACUGAUUGACUGGAAUGCCAGGAUGAAAGUGGCAUUAUGUGCUGCGCAAGGUCUUGCAUUUUUGCACGAAGAAGGACCAUUUCAGGCAAUGUACAAUGAGUUCUCGACAGCCAAUAUUCAGGUGGACAAAGAUUUUAGUGCAAAGCUUUCAGGUUAUGGUUGUGUUUGCCAUAAUGCAGGGGUGGAAAUAUCAGAGACUUCACCGGCAUUGGCUACUAUGUCAGUGGAGACCUUAGAGGGAGGACUACUCACGCCGAAGAGCAAUGUGUGGAGUUAUGGAAUUGUGCUUCUUGAAUUACUUACUGGCCGAAAGAAUCUAGAUAGCCGCCACCCCAAGGGAGAAAAGAACAUAGUUAAGUGGAGCCGACCUUUCUUAGCUGACGACUGUCGACUACCCUUGAUCAUGGAUUCACAGUUAAAAGGGCGCAUUCCCACUAGAGCAGCGCGGAUUGUGGCUGACAUUGCUCUUAAAUGCCUCCAGAAGGACCCAUCAGAAAGACCUACCAUGAGAACCAUUGUCGAGGCUCUCAAAGACAUCCAAGACAUGAAGUACCCCUGUUUGUUUCCUCUUCAAGAACCCGAAGCAAUAACCAGAAAGCUGAUGGCAAGAUCUCCAAGUCUCAAUGGCAUUGUUACUCCUCAUCCCAGAUUAAGUUUCUCACCCUCACCUCCCUCAGGAACCCAGCCACCUGUUUCUACUUCAGGACGGCAUUCGAUGCCCCUUUCUCUUCCUCCCCCAACAUGUUCAUCCAUAAUCUCAGUGGAUGAGAUUAUUGCACAAGAAGGUCGGAAAUCGGCGUCAUCAGUGGUUCGAAGAGCUGGAGUUGAAGGUUUUUGAUUGUUGAUAUUACAAAUAUAGCUUCUUAAUUUUUUUUCUCCCCUUCUUUGCUUUGGAUUCAACAUGGUACAUAGAAGAUAAAAGAUGUAGUUCUUUUUUACCUUCCAUCCCCACAUAAGAUGAAAGUUAGGAGGGAUGGUCCUCUGUAGAUAAGGAAAUAUUUAAGCUGUUUUGAAUGGACAUGUCCAAUUCGGACUUUCAACCAA